GAGUAAUAAUAAAGAAAAAGGAGAGAAAGAAAGGGAUAGAAAGACAAAAGUUGUCAAAACCCCAUGAUUCAAAAUUCUCUCCCUUCUCUCUCGUCCUCUAAAUAACUAUAGCUACUCUUUUUUCUUUCCUCUAGAUAAUCAGGAGUAGGAAGACCUCUCAAACAAGACUUGCUUGGGAUCUUCAGGAAAAGUAUAUUGGAAAGAAAAGCAUAUGAAGUAAUUAAAAGGAAUUAGUGGUAGCUAGCUGCCCGGAAGAAUAGAGUGAAAAAAGAUAGAGAAAUGCAUAGAGGUGUUAUGCAGAAAUCACCAGUGCAGCAAAUGAUGGGUGGAAGCCCUAACUGGUGGAAUAUCAAUAACAUGAGGCCUCCCAUAUCUCAUCAACAAAUUGCUGCUACUGUUCCUUCCUUGUUGGCUCCUAAUAAUAAUCAUUUCUCUCCAACAGUGGCACUUCCUUCUUCUUCUUCUUCUUCACUGCCUCCAUGGAAUGAUAACCAAGAACAGCUUCCAGAAUCAUGGAGCCAAUUACUUCUUGGAGGCUUGGUGGGGGAAGAAGAGAAGUCAGUACAUCUGAGCAAUAUGCAGGCUGUCAAGUCGAAGUUGGAGAAUAAUUGGGAAGAACAGUCGACGUUCCUGAGCCAGGCAGCUGAUUCUGUUAUAGAUGUAAAUCAGAAAAACUUCAUGUAUGAACAUGUCAAUAAUGUGGACUUCCAUCACCAGACAGAAAUUACUGGUAAACCUACUUGGUCACACAUGAUGCCACUCUCAUCUCCCAAGUCUUGUGUCACAACUUUGAGCAGUAACAUGCUCGAUUUCUCUAACAAGUCGGAUACAAGACACCCACCUCCUGAUCAUUCAUCUGAGUGCAACAGUAGAGCUACAAGCGGGGCACCUAAUAAGAAAGCUAGGGUUCAACCAUCUUCAACUCAGUCUACCAAGGUGAGAAAGGAAAAAUUGGGGGACAGGAUAACAGCCCUUCACCAACUUGUUUCCCCAUUUGGGAAGACUGACACAGCUUCUGUCCUGUUGGAAGCUAUAGGGUACAUCGGAUUCCUUCAGAGCCAAAUUGAGGCCCUUAGCUUGCCGUACCUGGGCAGUGGAUCAGGAAACAUGAGGCAGCAACAUCAACAAUCUGUUCAGGAGAGGAAUAGUUUAUUUCCUGAAGACCCUGGUCAGCUAUCGAAUGACAACUGCCUGAAGAGGAAGGCAACUAGUGAGCAGGAUUAUCAUGAAGAAUCAAAGGACCUAAGGAGUAGAGGGUUGUGUCUGGUUCCAUUAUCAUGCACACUGCAAGUUGGGAGUGACAAUGGAGCAGAUUAUUGGGCUCCGGCAUUCGGAGGAGGUUUCCGGUGAAUGGUAAAAACAAGAACUUGGUCAUGUACGGCACACUAAGACCAAAAAGAAACCAAGUUGCACCAAAUUAUUAAGUACUAGCUAUAACAUCAUGAUCACUCAAUCUGCUAAAAUCUAAGGUUGAUUGCUUAUGAUGCUAUGCAUUUUCUGCUGAAUUAGUUGACCAUGCAACGGUGUGCUGUAAUAUUACAUAGUUAAGCUUACUAUUUGGCUUAGAACUCAGUAACUAUGGUCUAAUUCUUUUCCUUUUCAUCGGCAAGUACAAUGAUCAUUUCAUGAAUUAAUGUAUAUGCCAUUCCUCUAUGAUUAGUACUCAUUUUUAUGCUGCUCUUAUGCAGCAUCUCCUCUUUA